GGCAUCCUUGAACACCCGCUCGAGGCAAAUCCCCCGCGGUGCCAUUCACUCAUCAGUCCCAUUCCCUCUCGCCUUCUGACAGUGGUGUAGGGGAUUGCAGGAGGAGUUUGUCAGCACAGCAGAGGAGCUGAACCUAUUCCGUACUUCACUGGACGAUCGGGCAAUUACGAAAAAAUGCAGCGUAGGUCCCCUCGCGUGGCCUCAUUUAAUUGAGACCAUAGACGCGCGGGCCUAGUCGACUAGCGAGCAGUUGCCCUAACCCAUGUGUUUCCAUUUACUAGAUGUAAAUGCAAGGAAAAAUGGCCAAGCCAAGAGUCGUCCUCGCCUCUUUGGCUCUCUUUCAAGCCGUUUUGCUUACUUUUCCUUGGACAACUCUCCAGGACGUGGAGGUGGAAACACGGAAAGAUGUGGCAUGGACAAAGGAGGAGAAAGCAGUGUUGGAACAUGAGGUGGAACUACGGAAAGCGGAGCAGAGUGCGGGUGAAGCGGUGACGGACCAGGGCCUCGGCUCCGCCUGGGACACGACCGACUGGUCUGUCGAUGAGGGAGACGGGCACGCUCAUGUCAUGAACUGGUUCGAGUGUAACCGGACAAUCCUUGCCCUACAGGAGAAAAUGGACGUACAGGAUAAAGAACUGGCCAAGUACGCCAAGAUGGUAGCCUCACUGCUUUCCAAGGCUUCCGACCAGGAUGUCGAGAUUGACUUUCAUAAUAAGACAAUCAGCUCACUGAUGGAGAAAAACAAGGAGCAGACAACCCUGCUAGACAGAUGCACCACUUCUAUGACUGUCUACGAAAGGGAGAAUGUCCAACAGAAAGACAUACUGGAGAGCAAGAACACCAAGAUCAGGGAGCUGCUGAAGAGGAACGCUGAGCAGGCAGAACUGAUCCAGCAGUACAACACCAAGAUCGCCCACCUGAAGUUCAAGACCAGUGAGCAAGAGGAAAUGUCUCAUGGUCUGAUGAUGAAGGAUGAGGCCACUGAUGCACUCCUCGGUCAGUUCAGGGACAAGUUGGCUGAUGUUGACCUGACAUAUGGGGAGUUGAAGGGGAUGAUACAGGAACAGGAGAGGAUUAACCAAGCCCAAGCUGACACCAUCAAGAAGCAUGACCAGGCUCUACUUCAGUUCAACAUCAAGAAAAGCCAGCAGGAUAUCCUCCUUGACCGCAAAUUUGCAAGGUAUGGCAUGUUAUCGCGAAGGUUGGAGAGAUCGUUUGCUGGCAAGAUGGAGACGGUUGAGCAGAAGCUGACCAAGUCGGAGGAAGCUGUCAACGAGUACAAGACAAUGAUCCAACAGAUGGCUGAAAAGGGCAAUGAGAUGGCUCGUCGCAUCUCUCAGUUGCAGCAAACGAUCAGCGACAAAAAUGAGAUGGUGGAACGUCUCCAAGUCAGACUGGAUCAAGUGGAAACUAAGGUUAGUCGUCAUGACGAUACGCUGGAUGAGUACGACAGCCAGAUAUCAAUCCUUAACAGCCGUCGCUACAGCCUUUCUGACUCAGAAGAUAAGAAGGAUGUCACAGAUGAGACCUUUGUUGUCAGUGGCAGUAACGGACUUGUCAAGGAGCUUGAGGAAAAGCUGUUGUCCCAGUCAUCUACUGUGAGCGAGGUCAAGAACAAGCUAAAGCAGCUUGAAAGGAAGUCUUCUGAUGUGGAUACAGCCAUACAGAGGCACAGCACCAGACUACAGGACGUUGAGCGAAAGAAUGACGACCAAGAAGCUGAACUAAACCAGCACAAGAUCAGCAUCAACAACAUGGAGCAGAAGAACACUGUGCAAGACACCAUCAUCAACCAGUACAACUCUAUGAUUUCUCAGUUCGUUGGGAAGAGCAACGACUUGGAGAACGUCCUCAACAGAGCCAAGGACUCCCUGUCACGUCUGGACCAAAAGAGCAGCGAGCACAGCAACUCCAUCAACCAGCACAGCCAGAAACUGCAGCAGCAUGAGCAGCAGCUGCGCCGACACACCAACGAUGUCAACAGGGUCAACUCCACCAUUUCCUUGGUGCGCCAGAAGAACAUCGAUCAGGACCAGUCCUUCACCCAGCACCAGACCCGCAUGACUGAGAUGCAGCAGAAGAUCAACGAGCUCACCUACUACACCAACCAGUACAACUCCAGUAUCUUCUACCUGCGCGAGAAGACUAACAAGCAGGACUACAUCGCCAACGAACUCAACAUCACCAUCCUGCAGGUCAAGCUGAAGGGCCAGCAGCAGGACAUCUACAUGAACAGACAUACUGAGCAAAUUUCCCAGCUCCAGUCCAAGGCUGGUGAUGCAGAGAGCACACUGAACAGGCAAAAGUCACAAGUGCAGCAGCUUAUGGACUUCAGGACCAACAGCAACGAGCAAUUCAGCCAGCUCAGUCGCAAGCUGAAUGAAGAAGAGUCCAGGAACAACCGACAGGAGGCACUCCUGGAGGACCAUGAAAGAAAGUUGAGGAAGGUCGACCAGAGAACAAAUGAGCUAACAGUUCUUCAGAAGCAGUUGAGAGCAAAGCAGUCGAAACAUGAGCAAAAGUUAGAUGAACAUGGGGUUGCACUGAACCUGUUGAACACCAAGACCGCACAAAAUGAGCAAAAGAACCAAGACCAAGACACCAAGUUAGAAGAACACACCAAUCACCUCAAGCAGCUGGAUGACGUCACCAACGAGCAAGGUCAAAUGAUCUUACAGCAGGUGCCUAAAACCAACCAGUUGGAACAGGUCAACUCGAAGCAAGAAACAUUGCUGCUAGAGCAUGCUGAGAAGUUAGACCAGAUUCUGAACCAACAUGCAACAACUUUGUCCGAACAUGGACAAAAGAACAAGGAACAAGAUGAGGUUCUGAAUCAGCAUCUUAACAGACUAAGUGAACUGGAAAAAUCUUCCAACGAGCACACUAAAGAUUUGAGGGACAAUAGGGUAAGUAUUGAUAGAGUUCAGAAGUCUGCCCGACAACUUGGUGACACCACGACAAAGCACCAAGGACUGCUGGAAGACCUUGAGAAGCGUGGGGAAGAGCACAACAACAUCUUGAGUCAACACAAGGUGAAAAUAACUCAGCUUGAGAAGACAGACAACCAGCAGGAUAAGAAGCUGGGGCAGCAGCUCCAGGUGAUCGAGCAACAGCAGCUGAAAAAUGAGCGUCAUGACAUCAUGCUUAACUGGCACUAUGGCAACAUCUCCCUCAUCAACGACACAAACAACCGCCAGAGGAAUCAGAUCAGGCAGCUGCAGUCUGAGGUCGAUCAAGUUGCUGGCAGGGCGCAAAAUUUGGAGAACAGUACGUACCACCUUGCACUUGAUGUCAGCGCUUUGAAAAGAAUGGAUACCAUACAUGAAGACAGUUUACAGAGCCAUGAGGUGCGUCUGAUAGAAGUUACAGAGAAGAACGCACAGCAGGACAGGCUUUAUGAAAGGAAGAUAAACCGACUAGAGGAAACGAGUGACGAACAAGAACAGAGAUACAGGCAGAAGAUAUCUCAGCUGGUAGAGAAGAACAACCAACAAGACAAGAUCCUGGAGAGACAAAGCAGAGGAAUUUCGAGUGUGGAACAAAGAAAUAUCAUGCAGCAGAACAGUCUUAACCUUCACAAUGCUACAAUCAAUCGCAUCCUGAAGCUUGGCAACAAACGUGACGAAAGUAUCCUUCACCAAAAUGUGACACUUAGAACACUGGAGGAAGAAGACAAGAAACAAGCGCAAAAUCUGCAACGUAUUGAAAACACGAUUGGUCAAAUACAAGACAUGGAUGCUCAGCAAGAUGUAAAGCUCAACAGUCACACCAAUGAGAUCGCUCGUAUAGAUGAGCGCAACAGUGCCCAAGACACUAUGUUGGAAAAACACACAAAUGACAUUUCUGAACAGGCUGAACUCAACAAUGAACAAAGGGAAGUCAUCAUCACCCAUGAUUCCAAACUUUCUCAGCAUACCACAACUGGCAGUAAGCAAGAGAAGCAACUGGGUGAUUACCGCAGAGACCUACAACGUCUGCAGCGAAAGAAUGCAGAGCAGGACAAGCGCAUCACUCAACAGAGGCAGCUGUUCUCUAGGCAGGAGAGGAAGGUCAGGCAGCAGGACAGGAUGAUCAGUAGUCAUGAGAACAAAAUACUCCAGAUCAACAUCAAAAACAGCCAACAGGACAUCUUCUACAGCCAACAGGAGCAAGAAAAUCACUUCCAGAGCCGCAUCUUGGAAACCCACAAUGACACGCUCCAAUCCAUUAAUGAGUGGAAUGACCAUCAGGAUGAACUGCUGCGAGAUCAUAAUAGAACCAUAGUGUCAACGUCCUUGAAGAACAUUGCCCAGGACAAGCUGCUGACGAGGCACAUCCAGAAGAUCAUCCAGCAUGAGCAGCAGAACAGCCGUCAGGAGAACAUGCUCAGCGACCAUGACAACAAGAUCACAGUCAUCAAGCGGGAGAAUGUUGAACAGGGGCGUCUCCUUGGAAGACAUAAUGCAGAGAUAGGAAGAAUGGAGUCAAGGACAGAUCAGCACGGCACCAUGCUGAAGGACCAUGACAGCUCCAUCAAGGAAGACAAGAAGAUGAUCUCCAAGCACGAGAACAUGAUCGGGGAGCAUGAGAAGAAGCUGCUCAGGACAGAGAGAUCAAUGGGAGUGCAAGGAGACUUGCUGCUCCAAGUCAAUGGUACUAUCAACAGCCUACAAGACAAGAAUUACCAACAGGACAGUGUUCUUUACAACCAUGAAAGGGUCAUCACAGAUGUCAAAGAGAACUCUGACAAACAGAAGACAACAAUCCGUGACUUCGAGGGCAGGCUGCAGGAUCAAGAGAGAGACGUGGGGAAGAAUUCUGAAGCUCUAAACAAGGUCAACUCCCGCAUCCUUCAGUUCAACCUGCAGAACAGUCAGCAAGACAUCGUGCUCAACCAACAUGACAUCAAGAUUGUUGGAGAGGGUGAAAGGAAUGAUGCCCAAGAUAAGGCUCUUCAACGUCACGAUGACAUGCUCCAGAAACAGGAGGAAAUGAUGCAGGCCAUUCGGCUGAAAGAUUCACAGCAAGACGGCAAUUUGAAUACGUACACGUCUCGACUCUCAAUGCUGCAGCGAGAGAAGAACGAACAUGCCAUCUUCUUGGGUCAGUUCAAGACCAAGAUGAAGGAGCUUCAGCAGAUGACCUCUGAUCAGGGUGUGCAGAUGGACGAGUACAAGGACAAAGUCGGACAGCUGGAGGAUAUGCAGAAGACAACACUGAAGGACCACGAUGACAGGAUCAAAGUGGUUUCGAAGAGAGCAGCAACAAUCAAGGAUAGGGUUGAUGAUCUUGACAAGAGGACAUAUGAAAAGGAUAUGAAACAUGACAUCUUUUUGGACAACUACAGCAAGAAGAUAAACAGUGUCCACGAGAAGACCAAGCAACUGGAGAGGAUGGAAAAGAAGUCCGAAGUCUUCAUCAACCAUCAUCAUCAGAUGCUGUCGGAGCUUAUAGAUAAGUCUGUGGAGCUGACAAACAAGACUGUGGACCAUGAUGGACAAAUUGCCUACAACCAGAUGAAGACCAACCAGCAUGACAAGACUCUUGGUCUCCACGGCAGUCAGAUUACCAGAAUAAGGGAUCGGCUGGAGAAUGCCACCCUGGACUUUGACAUUAAGUACACAGAUCGAGUUCAGGACUGCUCAGACCUGUACAAAAGGGGCUAUGUCCUCAGCACGGAGUACACAAUCCCUGGCUAUAAAGAUGCUUACUUCAACGUACAAUCCAUGAAAGCCUUCUGCGAUAUGACCAAUGAUGGAGGUGGCUGGACUGUAAUCCAACGUCGUGCGGACGGCUCCGUGGAUUUCAAUCGCGACUGGAGAGCGUACAGGGACGGUUUCGGUGAUAUAAAGGGAGAGUACUGGUUAGGAAACGGUCAUGUCUACCGCCUCACCAACCAGCGCGUCUACAAACUGCGAAUCGUCAUGACCGACUGGGCAGGAGAGGAAAGAUUCUUAGAGUACCAAACCUUCCGAAUUGAAGAUGAGAAGGACUCCUUCCGUGCGCGCAUCGGCCAAGCGAUCUCCAACGUUGUUCCUUCCGGUCAUUUCAUCAUGCCAAAUGAAGAGUUCACAACAAAGGACGUUGACCACGAUUCGUACAGUGGAAACUGCGCCGAUUCUCACUCGGGCGGCGGAUGGUACACCAACUGUGGCGUCUCCGGCAAUGUCAAUGGCAGGUAUUACAGACCAGGGGAAGUGAACACGAUAAAUGCAGCCACUGGAAUUUUCUGGUACCACUGGCAUGGCAUGCAAUAUUCCAUGAAGAGUGCAGUGAUGAAGAUCCGACCUGCGGACUUUGAGUGGGAGAUGGCAACAAACCAUGAAAACUAAGUGAAAAGGAAUUGUAGCAAUUUUAGUAUAAAAGAUAGAUACAUGUAUCUUUAAGUACAAUUAUCAAAAUUUGUGGAAGUAAAGGUAGAAAUAGGUAGAAUUCUGAUGUUACAUGUAUGAUUUUGUGCACAUCCAACUUCUUGCCCGUAUUUAAGCACCAACUACCUGUACAGUGAUUUGGGGGCUUGAGUCAUACAUAUACCUUGUGUCAGGACAUUGAUCGUCAACGUUGUGGCAAAUCUUAGAUUGGUUAGCCUUCUCUGUAAGAUUCAAGAUCACUCUAGAAAGGCACAGGCACUGACUUCCUGUUUAGACUAGUCUGAAUGUCAGAUGUCAUCUUUUUAGUCCUUUACACUGAUUGACUGGCCUGGGUUCCAUCCUAGCAGGUUUCCCCGGGGCUCCCAUAUUCCCCCCUUACUAAUUAGAUAGUAAGGGGGGUGUAUGGGAGCCCAGAUAAACUAAAUAGGAUAGAACCCAGACUACUAAUCAACAGGCAAAAGUCACAAAAUUGGUACAAUGUUGACAGGAGACAUCCAAAACAUGACUCAAGUCCUAACUUGAAUUAGGACGUGGCGAAAGUCACGACAUGAGGACAAAACUUUAAUUACAGCUUUAUAUGGACAAAAAGUUUCAAGGAAUCAAGGUUCUACUGUACAUAGGAAGGUCCUACAAUUGUGCCCCAAUGUCAUGAGAGAUCUGUAAAGUUCCUUUAGAUUUCAUUUUUUGGAUAACAUACUAAAUUGGGGGACGUUCUGGUCGUUAACUAGUCAAAGUAUGCAAGAAAGAAGAUUUUUAACACAUUCUGGAAAAUGUGAACUUCAAUUUUGCAGAUUAGUCAGGGAGUCAAUAAUGUUUGGUAUUAGUUUUACCAUUGUCCUGUGGCAUAGCAAUGUAUUAGUAUCGCUUUUACUAUUACAAAACAUAGUUUAGUCUGCUCUUAAAUUACUUGUACCCAAUCUAAAAAGAAAUAUAUAUAGCAGCUGAAUUCGAACUACCUAGAAAUAAGUACUGUGUAAGCUCUCUGCAUACCUCUUUAUAGAAAUCACUAAGUUUCAUAGUACUAAUUCUUGAUUGUGGAAGUUGAAAUGGAAAGGUAACUAGUUAAUGUCUGAAAUAAAGUUAGCCUGAUUGGACAAUUGAGAAAUGUGGAACCAGUGUCGGCAAGGAGGCAGGGUUAUGUUGCCUUGUAUAUUUGCCCUAUGAAUGGCCUGUAAUCUGAAAAAUUCACAUUAAUAAAUAUUAGACAACCAUGUUGGAAA